UCAUGCAUAUUGAACAAAUAAGCCAAUCAUGCCUUCUCUCGCGCCUUGCCCUAUGAGUUGUGACGUCACGUGAACUGCCCGUGUUCGUUCCAGCUGAGAGGACAGCCGUCGCGCAGCCCAAAUCCAAGCCCGUGCUUCAGUACAUUGGCUCCACAAAGUACGCGGGGGAAAAGAAGAACCCCCCCUCCCGAAAGAACGAUAGAGCGACAGGAAAGCUUAAAGAAAAAAGUAAUACAGCUUGUCACCCGACAAAUAGGUGCGCGUACUCAGAGCCUUCUCUGCUUUUCGCUCUUCAUUAUUUGUUAUUUUGGCAUUGUGGAGUAGGACAUUCUUUUCCCUUGCUUCGAGUUUCAUUAGGAUCAUUUUUGAAUCGUCAUUUGUUUGGUGUGUUGAUCAACUCAGGAUAUUUUUCGACAACAAUUUAUUGUUUUCCAGCUCGGAUUUUAUUUUGUCCACCUUUGAAUUGACCAUGGGCACCAGUCAUUAGUUUGACGUUUACAACUGGUCUCUAUUGGAGAAUAACAUCUUGAUCUGCACCGGGGAUUUAAAAUAAUAUAGUGUUGACCAUAUAUACUGGAAUACUGUCUAUUAUAAUGAUACAACAGUGGAUAUAAGAACACUUCAUAGCCUAAAUAGAGGGAAAGCGGCGAUCAAUCUGCCAGUCAUUUCGACUCCGCCUGCGCCCCAGGAUCCUAAUCAACAACCAGGUCCGGCCAACUAUGUCCAGGCAGCUCACCCAGCUCCUGACCCCGGACCUCCCAGCCGGCGCGAGCCCACAGUUCGGCAACCAGUCUGGUGGCUCCAUCAGCGGUGGACACCUCAACUCCAUGGCUAGUUUGAAAUCCCUCCUGCAGCAUCCGAUGAAGGGAGACCGUGCAAUUCUCAAAGACUGCUGCGACGUUAAAGACAAAGACAGAACCAUCACAGACAUGGAUGAGGACUCCUUGGGUGGUGGGAACGGCGGCUGCAACAUGCGUAGCGGCAGCAGCGGGGUGAGCAGCAGCAACAGUAACGGCAGCGGAGGAGGAGCUGGAGGAUUUAACCAGUCUGCGUUCCUGGGACCCCUCCUGUGGGAGAGGACCCUGCCAGUGGAAGGAGGCCUCUUCCAGCUGCAGUACAUGGACCUGGAGGAAUUCCUCACAGAGAACGGCAUGGGCGGAGUCCACGGCCAGAACAGUUCCAGUACAGCCCAGAUCCCAUCCCAGAGUUCCCAGUCGGCGGUGCCCAACCAGAGUUCCCAGUGCCCCCCCUCAUCGCCCCCACCCUGCUCUUCAGCCUCCUCGUCAUCCUCAUCUUCCCCGUCGCUCAUCGGCCUGGAGGUGGCCCAGUCCAACAUGCAGGGAGGACUUGACUAUGGAGGCAGUCAAUCGAGCAUGAACGACGACUGCGGCUCGCCUGGUUCCUCCGUCUCCUCUUCGUCCUGCACUCCUCUCAUGACGCCCACAUCCAACGGUCCAGACGUGAUGGGUGGCUUUGAACCCGACGCGGCCGACGUGGCUCUGUCCAGCGUGCCCGGCCAGGACGCCUUCGACCCCCGCAGACACCGCUUCAGCGAGGACGAACUCAAACCACAGCCCAUGAUCAAGAAGGCCCGCAAGAUGCUGGUGCCAGCAGACCUCAAGGUUGGUAGUCAGAGAGAUGAUAAGUACUGGUCCCGGAGGUGUAAGAACAACGAGGCAGCCAAGCGUUCUCGUGAUGCGCGGCGCUUGAAGGAAAACCAGAUCUCGGUCCGCGCCGCUUUCCUGGAGAGAGAGAACCAGGCACUCAGACAGGAAGUGGCUGACAUGAGGAAGGAGCUUGGUCGCUGCCGCAACAUUCUCAACAAAUAUGAGAAUCGCCAUGGAGACCAGUGAAGAAGAGGAGGAGAAAGAGAAGGAACUGAUGGGUGGAAUGGGGUGACAUGAUGAUGAUGAUAACGAUGAUGAUGAUGUUGAAUGUAUGAGACGAUGAGAAGGGUGAUAUAAAGAAGCUCAGGUGUCACGUUUUGAUGAUGUAAGAGUGGACAGGGUUAAAGGUUAGGGACAGAGAGAUUACAUAACCUGGAGGACUGUUGCCCCUUUAGAUGAAAGAAGAAAACGUGACUUUGAGGAUUUUGAUAUCGGAGAAUUGUAUAUUUUUAUAUUAAGACAAGAGGGGGAGCAAAUUUUGGAAAUAAUUUUUGUAUAUUUUCUAUAUGAAUGGGAAAGAUGUAAGAUAUAGAGAGAUGGAGGGCUAUGACAAAAUAUCUUUUUACAGUAGAUUGAUAAAGGAGAUGCUAUUUUAGAGGUGUUAGACAGGGAUUUUUAGACAGCAUUCAGAGUCAGGGACGAGGAGGCAAGGCGGCCAUUUUAAACUGUAAAAUAGCGAGCAAAAUUAUUUUAAAAUUGUACAGUUCAACAUUUCUUUGUGGAUUUUACUCAAGCACUUAAUUUGUUUUCUUUGUUGUGUUUCUAACUGAUGGGGUUUGGGCUGAAAUAGGAAAGUGAAAGAGAGAGAGAGAGCGAGAGAGAAAUGGGAGAAACACUAUUAACCCAGCACAAUCUUCAGCACUUGUCCAGUGUUUGUAAAUAACAAGUCCUUCAUAUUGUUACAACUUUUGCAACCUUUAACAGUUUGGACUGUUUAGUAGUUGUCUAGAUGUCUGGGCUUUGGUGCAACAGCUCUUACAUUUGAUUAUAGCUGCACUAUCUCCUCUGUCAUAUAGAGAAUUGUAUUCUGUGACCCCAAGACUAGCAGGGCAUUCAAUCACACUACAGCUAAUGGAUGGGGCGACUGUUAGUUUUUAUUAUGUAUACUAGGAACUCAUAUUGCUGAGCCCUUGGCCAUCUCUCUCUCUCGCUCUCUUUCUGUCACUUUUUGUCCUUUUAGAUUGCUGUCAGUUCUAACUGAUAUAGAAUAUCUUGCCCAAGCUGGGUUGGUAGGAUUUUUGAGUUGUUCUGGUUACAGUGGACCGUUUUGAUCUUCUCUCUGCAUUGUGAUGUUUUCUUCCUUCCUAUGUUUUUUUUAUAUCGAAUUGAUCCAAUCCCAACACGGUUAAUGUCGCUUACAACCAAUCACGAAAAGGCUACUUUUACCUUUAACCAAUCCUAACAACCGGUCUCUGUGGUUCUAGAUUGUAUACAUAAUACCACAAUGUCUUCACACCCUCCUAAAUAGUCCACCAACUACCCAGGAAAAAGCACACUUGUGUUACUGUACAAUAUUAAUGAUUUUAGAUAGCAUUCUUAUUAUUGGUAGAAGAUAAAUAUUGUCUAUAUUGAAUAUACCAGUUUGUGUAUUUUACAUAGGUAUAUGCUAAGUGUGAAUGUUGCAGAGAUGAGAUGUGUGUAUGAUUGCGUAUAUGCAAAUUAUAUUCCAGGAGAUGGGGUUUGUGGUAGGGUGUCAUAUCAAAUGUGACCCUAUUCUCCCAUAUACUGAGGGAAUAGGUUAUCAUUCCAGAUUAUGCUAUUAUUACUCUCCCCAUCGAUCGGAAUGAUGUUAAAUUCUCAGAUUUCUGGGACUAAUAAAAAAGCCAAAAUUGAAAAUGUUGAUUUAUUAAGGUUGUUGAUACUUUCUGUCAGUUUUCCGGCAUUUCUGUGUUGUUGAGCAUCGUCUUAGUAUCCACAUAGUGUCAUGUUUCACCACCGACUCACUAAACCCAGGGGAGAGAAAGGGCCCAGUCAACCCAGUGAUAGUGCUUCUUUUCCUCAACGAUGUUAUAAAUAACUACCAUUACUAUGAUUAUGAUUAUUGUUACCCCCCUCUAUUGUUGCUGUUAUAUAUAAUUGAAUGAUUUUAUUUCUUUGGAUGAACAUGAUUUGUUUCGUGUUGAAGCAUCUUUGAUCUCAAGCUAUCCUCACAGAGAGACUAUUCAGACAUGCAUCCUUGUUUUUAUGUCACUUCCUGCCCUGCACCAUGUACAUCCUGUUUUGGUCCCUCGAGGGCCACUGGUUUGUUCAUAACCCCUAUGGACAGUUUCUAUCCGGAAAUACAGUUCCCAGAGGAUGGCGGCCAUCUGGGUUUCUCUGUUGAUCAUGGAUUCCACAAUCUCGCUGGCUCAUCUCAUACCUGGAGAACGACAGCGGUAGAAUCCCAUGCACUUCUGACUGUACACGUCUGUUCAGUUCUCUAGUUGUGUAUGGACUAUGCACGCUAGCCACAGUUUUCCUCUUGGUUUUCUGCAGCCUAUUUUCACCUCAGUGACUGUAUGUAUGCUCUCCCAACUGGAUGUUGUUCCUGAUCUCCCUGACGUGGAUGAUGUUAUAGUGACUUUUAUUGAACUACAACUACCCAUCUGCACCGGUGGUGUCCACUGUUCCAGCCCACUCAGUGCUGGCAAUGGGGAUGUCGUCAAACUUUCCCGAAAACACAAAUAAAAGAUUGUUCUUA